CAACUCAUGUAGUAGUAGUACUAUAUGUUGUUCAUUCUGUGGACCAAACCAUACAUGGUACAUACUCUUUAUAUGAUUCUUCACUGAGGGGUUGAAAAAGCAUAAUCCCUAAGAUUGUAAUGUCAUCAACUUCGUCUCUCCUUCUCCCCUCUCUUUUUCUUCUCUGAGUUCGGGCAAUAGUAUUAUUUUCGUCUCCCUUAAUCUGCAUUCAGCGCUUUUCGUUUUCGCUUUGAUAGCUUAUUGGGACUGAGCUUUGAUCGAAGCGAUGGAUUCCUUUGGUGAUAAGUGGGGUGAUGAAUGCUCUACUAUUGGAGACAAAGGAGAAAUCGGGUUUAUUGAUUACAAGGAUGAUGAAUCCGUGUGUAGUUACAAUUCAAUUGAAGAGGGUCCUAUUGUUAUUUCUGCCCCAUUCCCUUUCGUAGGGGGGCAGCCUCAAUCAGUUCCUGUAGCAGAAACUGCAGCAGAUUCAGUUACCAUCAAGAAUACUACUGGUGAUCCCGUGAAUCUUUGGUCUGUUUCAAUUUUCGCCUCAAAUCCCGAGAACUCUUUUAAACUUUCUCUGAUGAAGCCUCCAUCAGCAAAUGAAACCUCUAAAGGCUAUGUAGAUUUUUUCUCCUUGGAAGACAGGAUGCUUCAGCCUGGAGAGACUUUGACUGUAUGGGUCUCUUGCAAAACAGAGAAAAUUGGCUUGCACACUACGGUUGUAUAUUUUGACGUGGAGAGUGAAAGGAUAGAACGAGUAGUUUUUAUCUUGGUUGACGAUAAGAUCUCACAGUCGUUGGCUUCUUCAAGGCCAUAUUCAAGAGGUAGAAGAAAGAAACAGGUUGUUGUCGAUAGUGCAUUUGUUGCAGGUGUGCGUCCUGCGAGGAAGAUAGACCGGUAUUUCAAAAACAGACUUCCUCGAUAUGACAUUCCAAAGGACGUUAGAGCAUUGCUUCAAAGCAAACAGAUACCCGAUGCUGUCAACGAAGGUCUGACACCGGAGAAUUACACUUUUUUCUUCGAAAAUCUAAUAAUGAUGGAAGAAAUACAACUGGAGGAAGACAUGAGGAGUCAUGACAUGGAACGUAUCGCUCUGAGGAAGAGGGGAAAUCAAUUUUUGUCUCUAGAGGUCCCAGGCCUUGCCGAGAGACGGCCUUCACUUGUCCAAGGGGAUCAUAUUUUUGUCAAGCUUUCCUCUGAAUAUGGAAAUGACACAACUCCUACAUAUCAGGGUUUUAUCCACCGUGUUGAGGCUGAUGAAGUUUAUCUGAAGUUUGACUCAGAUUUUCACUCUCACCAUAGAGAUGGGAAUCUCUAUAAUGUACAGUUUACGUACAAUCGAAUCAACAUGAGAAGAUUAUAUCAAGCCAUCGAAGCUGCAGAAGAAUUAGAGAUGGAGUUCCUAUUUCCAUCUGAGUGCUUUAAUGGGAGGCUGAUUGAAACCACUCCAUUGGUGCCUAUAUCUUGUAAUCUUAAUCCUGAACAGAUGUGUUCAAUUGAGAUGAUCCUUGGCUGCAAAGGAAUGCCACCGUAUGUGAUUCACGGGCCUCCAGGUACUGGUAAGACUAUGACACUAGUGGAAACAAUCCUUCAGGUAUACACAACUCGGAAGAAUGCUCGGAUUCUUGUUUGCGCACCUUCAAAUAGUGCAGCAGACCACAUUCUAGAGAAAAUCCUUGGGGAAAAGGCUGCUCACCUUCAGGAGAAUGAAAUAUUCAGGCUCAAUGCAUCUAGCCGUCCAUAUGAGGAUAUCACACCUAAUAUUAUCCGCUUCUGCUUCUUUGAUGAGCAUAUCUUCAAGUGUCCUCCCCUUGGUGCCCUCCUGCUAUAUAGGAUCAUCAUAUCAACUUACAUGGGUGCCUCUCUUCUACAUGCAGAAGGUGUCAAGCGAGGCCACUUCUCUCACAUUUUCUUGGAUGAGGCUGGCCAAGCUUCAGAACCAGAAACCAUGAUUCCUAUAUCUAAACUCUGUAAGCGAAAUACAGUUGUUGUUCUUGCUGGAGACCCAUUGCAAUUAGGUCCAGUAAUAUACUCAAAAGAAGCAGAUAGUUUUGGAUUGGGGAAAUCCUACUUGGAAAGAUUGUUUGAAUCUGACUUUUACUCCAAUGGGGAUGAAAAUUAUGUGACAAAAUUGGUUAGAAACUACCGAUGUCACCCAGAAAUUCUAUAUCUCCCUUCAACACUGUUCUAUAAGGGAGAAUUAAUUGCAUGUAAAGAUGAUGUAAGUUCCUUUGUGGAUGAGGGGAAUCUCCUUCCUAACAAGGAUUUCCCUGUUCUUUUCUUUGGUAUCCAAGGUUGUGAUGAGAGGGAAGGAAAUAAUCCGUCAUGGUUUAACCGGAUCGAGGCAAGCAAGGUAGUAGAGGUAACAAGGCGACUGACUGCAAGUGGGAAUUUGAGCGAGGAACACAUUGGGGUAAUAACACCUUAUAGGCAGCAAGUGCUCAAACUAAAGAAAGCCUUUGAUAGUUUGGACAUGGCUGAUAUCAAGGUUGGAAGUGUUGAACAAUUUCAAGGACAAGAAAGGCAAGUCAUUAUUAUAUCCACUGUCCGGUCGACGAUCAAACACAAUGAAUUUGACAGGACAUAUUGUUUGGGGUUUUUGAGCAAUCCGAGAAGGUUUAAUGUGGCUAUUACGCGUGCUAUUUCUUUGCUAGUCAUAAUUGGGAAUCCACACAUCAUCAGCAAGGACUUGUACUGGAACAAGUUAUUAUGGCGUUGUGCAGACAACAACUCUUAUCAGGGUUGUGCACUUCCUGAUAGGGAGGAGUUUGUUGAUGAGGACCCCGCACAGAAGGAUUGCUUGAAUUGUGAUGAAGAAAAUGCUCUCCCCCCUCAAGGAGCUGAACGGGGCCAGGAGUCUUGGCAAGAAGAAUAUUCUAAACCUGCUAAGGACGAAGAUGAAUGGUCUGAUGGUUGGAAGUAAAUCUGCUUAACAUCAAGGGUGAGAAAGCAACUGGCAUGCCUUUUUUGCCGCUGCACACCGGGACUAUCUUAUAUCUUUGUAGAAGUGGUCUUGCAUAUAUCAUACAAUCAUCAAUGUUAGGUUAAAACAUAUAUUGCUUUUUGUAUGCCGUGAAGCGAUGGUUAACAAGCAGAAAUGCCUGGUAAGAUCAAGACUUUCAUUUA